AGCCAUUUUGGCUCAAGCCGCGUCGCGCGCCCCACCAUCUUGGCUCAUCCAGGCUUGGGAUGGCUCGCUACGUUACUGAGUUGCGGCAUCGCCUCGAGUGAUGGUUCAUAAACAUUCGGCAGGACGGCUCCGUGACCGACGCCUUCGCGCUCGCCUUCAGGGCUAUUUGCUGCCUCGUGGUCGCUGCACAAUCGAAGUUGGCUCUCGAUUUCAACAGCCAGCCCAACAUGUUCUGCGUUCUAUGGAAAUGCAUGUUCGGCAUGACGGGUUCAAUCCUGUUCCGCACCACCAUGCUCGCCUGGCUUCAUUGGCAGUUCGGGAACAGCUGUCUGCAGCUGAGUUUGCCAUGUCGCAGCGCGUCCACAAGUCUGCUGGCAGGGCCAAACACAAUGUGAGUAGGAUCGCGAUGCACGCCGCCGCCCAGAGUGGUGCCCCCCGUGCUCGUGAUGACCAGUUGUCUCGUGUUGCUUCGUCAGCUCUCCCGCGUUUACUUUACCUCCGUCUGUUCCCAGUGUAUGUGACGAUGGCUUGUUUCUUUUCAACUGUUAUGAUUCGGGUGCUCUUGGUUCAGCCGCUCAGCAGAUUGAAUAUAGCCGCCGCGUCUCUCACGAGACACAGCUGUGGCUCGCCGCCAUUGAGCAGAAGUCCGAGAAGCAGUUUCAGUGGAUGCGGGAGCUAGAAGAUAUGAUAUCUACUAUUGUUCCGACUGGCCCUCUGGUCCAAUUACGCGAGCGCUCGGACAAGGCUUUGCACGACCUUGAAGAGCAGUCCGCGGAGGCCUUCCAGCUCUUGGAUUCUAAAAUCCAGGCGCUCCGUGAGGAGGUCGUGGACUCUCAACGUUUGGUUGUUGACAGGAUUGAUUGCCGUUUCAACCGUAUCCCAGAUCUUGCGCGGUUCGAGGCCAAAGCUGUGUCUGUUGCUGAUGCGCUUCGCACCGAUCAUGCCCGGGUGGAGGCAGCCAUUCGCCUGCACAGAGACCACAUCGAGUCCUUAGUCCAAUCGGGUGUUGCGGAAUGCCGCGGCGUGCUUGCUGCGGAGACCUCCAAGCUCAAGGCGAUGGUGGUCGACCCCUCGGCGGCCACGGUCGAACGGUGGUUUCGGCGGCCCCUCGAUCGUCUAUGGGAUGACUGUCAGCUUCUCGUGGACUCGCAUUGCUCCAAGGUGAACGACUUCUUGCCGUCCACGCGCGAGCAGAUUCUGAUGGAGUCCCACGCCGUGUUUCAUGGCUUCUCCGCAGAUGUGUCGGCGCUGCGGGACUCCGCCUCGCUGGUGCAGGAUUUCAGGAGUUCCCUUUCUUUGACUUCGGACCUGAAGGUUCAGGUCGCUGCCCACGAGCAGGCCCUUCAUGAACUGGCCGCCCUGGUGGGCUCUGUCGUUUCUCAGAAUACUGGUAUGAUUUCGAACGCGGUCGGCUCGACCUUCAAGCAGCUCUUGGAGUCUGACAUCAUUUGUACUGCCGUGCGUGCCGAGCUGGCUCGGUCGGCGGUUCGUGAUGUUUCUGGCCGUGAUCGUGUCCGCGUCGGCGGUCUCGUGCCUGCUGCCGCUUCUUCUUCGUCCUCUUCGGGCUCGCUCCUUGAUGACGACGAAUGGUGUGGCGCCUGUGGUGGUCGCAGAUCUCACGCGUUCUCCAGGCUGGCUUGCGCCUGCUUGCUCGGGGAGGUGACGAACUGGUCGACUUGACGGUGGUCACGUCGUGUGCUGCCCCGUCUACUCCCUCGCUCUGCUGCUUCCUCGCAUUUUGUGGCGCUGGAGCACGGCGUCGGGUUGCAUUUCGAUUGGAGCCUGUUUGUGAUCACCCUCAUGGGCUCCUCGGCGUUGCUCUUCCUUGUGCGGUGGUGGGGCUUCCCUGUCAUGCGCUCCCUGGGCCGCGUCCCUGGAGCAUUUCUGCUACUCGCUUUGGCUGUCGCCUUCCGCGGUUUCGGUUCGGCUCGCGGCGUGGGCGGCGGAUUUGUGUAGAUUAAUCAGUCAGGACAGGACUUUUCUUUUUCGCUGGGCUCCUCCUCCU